AUACGAUGUCAGCUGUAACCAACUAGCUGCCAGUAGGCCGCUAUUCUUAACAAUGAAUGUGCAUUUUUCACACCGGUGCAUACUGUAUAUUGCUGUAUGGGCAUAGCAGACAGAGCUUUGAGCUCUUAAGUAGGUUCGCACGCAGCUUAUGCACGGAGUUUGAGCACAUAUCGUGUCAUUCGCUCACUAAGUAAUGUCGUUAUCCUGAUUUGUUCGUUUUAUUCUGUUUGCCAAGUAACACUAUAUAUGUAUGCAAUACUUUUAGUAUUCCUUGUUAAUGUAUAGACCAUAUAUUUCAGUGCAACUAGCUACUGAACUUGUAUUUUAGCUAGCUAAGUUAACCGGUUUUCGUAGCUAACCUUAGCUAACAAGCAAAAGGAAAACGGAACGAUUUUGGGAGGUGAUGGAUCAUAACACGACAUUUACGGUUAAACUCUACAUUUACGACCUUUCCAAAGGAAUGGCUCGCCAGCUCAGUCCAAUCAUGCUAGGGAAGCAACUUGAUGGAAUUUGGCACACCUCCAUCGUGGUCUAUGGUGAAGAGUUCUUCUUUGGAGGAGUGGGCAUUUCAAGCUGCCUGCCGGGCGGGACUGUGCUGGGUGAGCCCAACUCUAUCAUCGAGCUGGGAACUACAGAGGUGACAGAGGAGAUCUUCAUGGACUACCUGUCCUCACUGGGAGAGACCACAUACAGAAGGGACAGGUACCGGCUGUUUGAGCACAACUGUAAUACCUUCAGUAAUGAGGUGGCCCAGUUCCUGACGGGAAAGAAGAUCCCCUCGUACAUCACAGACCUGCCGUCCGAGGUGCUCUCCACGCCCUUUGGUCAGGUCCUCCGUCCCAUUCUGGACUCCAUCCAUAUCUCUCCCCCCGGGGGAAACGUCAUCGGUGGACACCACGACCAGAGCUAGACUCACGGGUGCCUGCACACACACAGAGUAACAUAUACAUGCAUACAUAUAGAAUACAUAUAUAUUUAAUAUAAGAACCGUCAUGAUGUAAGGCAGGUCUGCAGCUCUGUGCCUAAUGGGCUUCUAUAUCAGUGGUUCCCAAAUCUUUUUUUUUGUGAUUGUGUAUCCGUGUGUAGACAUACUAAGACUUUCCUGUAGUUUUACUCUUAAUAACUAUUCAGUUUGUCUGUCAAACUUACAUAAUUUCCUGCUGAUCCCGCUAUAAUUGUUAAACUGUAACAUGAGAUUAAACUAGUGAGAAGUGGCGUACCUGUGUUCAGACACCUCCCAGCUGCUUUGAAAGCUUUGUGUUCCUCUGGAUUGGGACAUAUUGCAGAGUGUCUGCUUUUCUGUACUUUCUCAGUGAAUGAUCACUGAGAAUAAGUUGGAAGAGGCUUAAAAAUAGAGGGGAGACCUGCAGAAUGGAGGAGAAUGGAUGGGAUGUUGAGCUUCGAAACUGAAUUGAAAUCGCUACAUUGGGGGACGUGGUCCCAAAGAAAUUACACCCUCUGCUCAACUCCCCCCUCGCGAAAAAUGAUAAAUGAUGGAAUCAAAAAUCGAAGGAAUUUCACAUAUGUGACGUAUGUCAGCCUGUAGAUGCAAUAUAAUACAAUCUCAUUCACUCAUUAGCAUAGAUUGUAAAAUUAACAAGCAUUACAGGAGUGAUAUAAUGUUACCUGAAAGUGACUGGAAUUGACAUUUUGUAUUCUGCUAAACAGUCAUGUUUCGAGUUAGCUGUGAUUACUGCUGCUGAAUACCAGCAUGGAAAUCACAUUAGAAAAGUGCACUGCCCUCUGCUUUACACAAUUAUGUAUUACAGUAUGUACUAUAGAUGCUUUGGUAGGCCCCUGCUGCAGUCUACCAAGCUAUACGCUUUCUACAUAGGAAUAUUCAGAUUUAAGAAUUAAUACAGAUUCCAUACAUGAAUGUUUGUAGAUGAAUGAAUUUUGUAAAAUGCAUUAGGAAUGUUUAUAGAAGGAAAUGCGUCAUGUUGAGCAGGUUAAUACUGGAACUGAAUUUGUGACUGUAUCAUCCACAGAUAUAUGGCUACUGCAUAAGCUACGAUUCUACAAAUCGCUGUGUGUGUGUGCGCGUGUGUGUCUGGCCCCCAAACUGAAGGACCAUUAUAACACAGGAACCCUUUACUUGGUGUCAGACAUUGCCAAUUGCCAUUUACUUGACUUCCAACAGCCUUCUGUCAGCCAUACGCCUAGACAAAUUGUUUAACUGUUGUAUUACCGUGUAACAUUUUUGUAAUGAUAGAUGGAAUUAAUUGCUCUUUGUUGUCAAUAUUAUGAUAUUUAAUAAUUUAUUAUUAUUGCUUUAUCAGUAUCAUUAGUGCUAUGGUCAUGCUGUUUUGAUACUUUUACUUGUAACUGUGAAGCCAUCCACGAAAUGUUUAUACCAAGCAUUUCUGUUAUAUACCUCUAUUUGUUUGCCACGGACCAACUGUCCGUUCAUUAUUUUAAUUAAAU